ACCAGUCUUGUCCCGGUCGUCGAAUCUCGCUGACCAAUAUUAAUCUCCAUUGUACAAAUCAAAAGGGGCGCACCCUCGAACAAAACUCCAAUACACGUUACACUGACGUUUGCGCAGACAAAAUUAACAAACAGCACAUUUGUUUAAUGGGAUUCGUCAGGAUAAACUCCUUUAUCUCGGCGAAGAGAAUAAGUUCUAGAUCUAUGCAUUUUAACUAAAUUCUUUACACAAGCAAAACGCUUCGCUGUAAUUGUAUCUCCGAAAUUAAUCGUUUCGCGAUUGGUAUUCGCCACGUAGGCUGCGGCAACGGGAAAGUAGAAGUGCCUGUGAAUUUUGGGUGCGCUAAAAACAUGCAUAAUGUCGCGUCAGCGACUUUUGUUCGUUUCGUAUAUCUGUCAUUCGGCCGCGUUAUUCUGCGUUUCUGCACAAUAUCACGGUUCUAACGAAAACAACAGCGAUAUCCAUUUAUUACCUGCCUAUGCCAUCGCCUCGAGAGCCGAUCUUCUCGGUUCGGCAACAUGUGCAAUGGAAUUACGAGAUUUCCGAAAUGCUGUCGAUCAACGGAUCCUGUGGAGCUUGAAGAUAUUGGAUUCUAGUGGCAGUCCUACCACGGGGUUCCUUUAUGGAAAUAAUUUUUGGCUGGGCAGUCGUAGCCAGUGCCUCGAUACAAUGAACGGAAAUCCCUUCGAGAUCGCACAGCGGCAUAUAAUAAAUAAUACACGGUACCGUGAUCCGCAGACAGAGUUCCCGCCUUUCGCGGUAAAUUACUUUGUCGCUCAUCUCAGACAUAACAGUACUCUUCAGUAUCACAUAUUUGUACAAACCGAGGAUCUAAUCACCCUCGGCCUCUGUUUGCCCGCGUCCUGUUCCAUAAACGAUAUAGGCUUUGUAUUGGAAAAGAUAUUUCAGGAUAGAGUUUUUUGGAUCAAUAAUCUCUAUUCUAUGGACUUCAGCCUGGUCCAAGUAAAAGACUUAAGGGACAAUCAUCAAUGGCUAUUGACUGGUGCGAUGCCUCUCAUAUGUGCUGUUUUAGUGCUUACCUUCUCCAUGAUGAUAAGCGGCACGAUAUACGAUAUAUUUAUAUAUCAAAAAUAUUUAAAGAGAAAGAGUAAAACUGCCGUUAGUGUAAAGAACACGGUUGAGGAGAUGGAAAUGACUGAUUCGCCGUCUUCACGUGAGAUAAGUAGAAUUGGGAACAUACUAAUGUGUUUCUCCGUUUACACAAAUACGAAGAUAAUAUUUAACAUGGAAUUGGACUCCGAAGCGAUUCCCGUCGUUCAUGGCUUACGAUUUCUAAGCAUGAUUUGGAUAAUCAUAGCUCACUCCGCAUUUUACUUAAGUAAUUAUUACGACAAUAAAACGUGGAGUCUGAGAUUCGCCGAGGGUAUCCCCAUUCAAGUGAUAAGCAACGCAGUAUAUCGCCGAUCUUACUUCUUUUUAAGUGGGCUCUUAUUGUCCUACAUGUAUCUAAAGGAGAAGGACACUGAACGGAAAAAGCCAAUUAAUUGCAGAGAAUCUCUAAAGGAGUUCUUUCUCGGCGUAAUGAGGAGAUUUAUCCGGUUGACACCGGCUUACAUAAUGAUGAUAGGAAUAGUGCAACUAAACUCGGCAUGGUACGAGGAGACCUCGCAGUUCUACACCGAUGAGAGACCGCACAAAACUUGCGCGAAAUAUUGGUGGAGGAAUAUCUUGUACAUAAAUAAUCUGUUCGAUCCCGAUGAAUCGUGCAUGUCCUGGAGUUGGUACCUAUCCAACGAUAUGCAAUUCUUUGUAAUCGGUCUGGCGCUCUUGAUUCUGUCGUCUAUAUAUUUUUACGCGGCUGUUAUCAUACUAGGUAUGCUUCUGAUAGGGUCGAUUAUUCUAAGCGGUUAUGUCUCAUACAUUUACGAAUACGUCCCGACCUUGGACGAGCAAUACAGACUUUUAAAUGUCUUGUACUAUCCAUCAUGGAUCCGAAUUGGUCCAUAUAUUAUUGGAAUGAUUACAGGUUACAUUGUAAAAAGACUGAAUAAAAAAAUUACCAUGAAAAGGAGUACCGUAAUUUUAUAUUGGAGCAUUGGUGCUGCUUGCAACAUUUUCGUAUUAUUCGGCCUUUACAAACGACAGAUAUCCGUCCUGUCUACUGCUAUCUAUAUUGCAUUAAGUAAAACAGUAUGGGCCAUAGGCAUAGCAUGGAUUGUAAUAGUAUGCUCUACUAAGUACGGAGGUAUCGUUAAAGAGCUGUUAACAUGCAAAUUUUGGAUUCCUCUCAGCAGACUCACGUAUUGCGUUUACCUUUUAAAUCCUUUUGUCAUAUAUUCGAUUCGUCUGUACAAUGAAUCACCUGUUCACUUAGAGUUUCUGUCCAUGACCACCAUAGUCAUGGGACACUUAGGAAUUAGUUAUAUCUGUGCAUACGCAUUGUCUUUAAUGGCAGAAUCACCCUAUGUCUUACUAAUGCGAACAUGCAUCCAAUCUUUCAGCAAAAAAAAAUAUAAAGAACAUGAGGUUAUAGUUUCACAUACAUGACUGUGCUGGAAACAUAUAAUAUUGUAAUUGUAAUAAAGACGAAUAAAAUAAAAUCGAUUUUUCAGACUAUA